CUCAUCGAAAUCUCCAAAUAUCAAUCCAACGCCAGUAUUUUCAAGAUGCCGCUCAAGGCGCCCCUCAAUUGGGGUCUCUUACCCCCAUCCUUUCUCCUGCCCUCAUCAACACGCUCCCUAAUCCCACUAAUACCGCUCUCCUCCCAUCUCCCGAAGCCCUCGCACACCACCAUUCGCACCAUAAAAUCGACAAACACGCCGCGGCCCGACCGCUUCGCGCACCACCCGAAGAAGCCCGCUCUAAACAGCACAUCGACUGCGGCGCUCGCGCGAAAAGCGCACUCCACGCCCCUCCGCACCGGCCUGCUCGCCGUAAAGCGCGGCAUGACAGCCGUCUUCGACCCGGAGAGCGGGAAACGCACGCCCUGCACCGUCCUGCAGCUCGAUCGCAAUCAGGUUAUCGCGCACAAGACGAGGGAGAAGAACGGGUACUAUGCGGUGCAGGUAGGCGCGGGCGAGCGCAUGGCGUGGAACGUGAGCAAGCCGAUGCUGGGGCAUUUUGCGGCGGCGGCGGUUAGUCCGAAGAGGUGGGUCGUGGAGUUUAAGGUCAGGGGGGAGGAGGGGUUGAAGGUCGGCGUUGGGGAGGGGUUGGGCGCCGCGUGGUUUACGCCCGGGCAGUGGGUCGAUGUUAGGGGCGUGUCGAGGGGGAUGGGGUUUGCGGGUGGCAUGAAACGCCACGGCUUCAGCGGUCAACCUGCGUCCCACGGUCAAUCGCUCAUGCACCGCGGCAUGGGUUCAGCCGGAGGUUCGCAAGGUUCCGGUUCGCGCGUACUUCCCGGGAAGCGAAUGGCGGGAAACAUGGGCAAUGAGCGGGUCACGGUUAAGAAUCUCAAGGUGCUGCAGGUCGAUGAAGCGAACGGCAUCGUGGUCGUGACUGGCUGCGUACCCGGCCCAAAGAACCAGAUAAUAAGAGUCCAGGAUGCAAUUGGGAAGCCUUGGCCGAAAGGCCCAAUGUCGACGCGGGAGAUCGUGCCACCUUCGAUAGCGCCGGCUGUUGCAGAAGCGGUGGCUACUGCGGCGUGAGACGUGUACGUUUUCGUGUAAAUGUAGGAAAGUGUACCAUAAAUCCCAUAAAGGGCGUUUCGGGUCGCAUUAAGAGGUGCAUUUUGGGAGGAGCUAGCUAUGCAGCGUUUUUGUACACUGGCAAGCUAUUUCUUAAGUUAGGGAGGCUAUUAUCCGUUAGCAAAUAGCUAUCGCUAUCCGCGACGUUAGAGCUUAGAAAGGUAUAUGCCGCUGUCUUGAGUCCGCGGAAUCGCUCACAAUUCCUUGUAGCGAAUAAGAAUAUCCUAUCGCGCUGUAGCGCUCCAGAUAGA